GAAGUCGCAGCACUGGAUCCGAGAACUCAGUUCUGUGUGGCUUCUUUGUGCCCGGGCACCGCAGCGCACGCCCCCCGUGGCCACAGCCCCCUCCGCUCUCCGCGCAAGUGCCCCGCGCGCCCCCGACCCGGCCAUGUCGUCCUACAGCCGCGUGGCGCUGGUGACCGGGGCCAACAAGGGCAUUGGCUUCGCCAUCGCGCGCGACCUGUGCCGGCAGUUCUCGGGGGACGUGGUGCUCACAGCGCGGGACACGGCGCGGGGCCGGGCGGCCGUGCAGCAGCUGCAGGCUGAGGGCCUGAGCCCGCGCUUCCGCCAGCUGGACAUCGACGACCUGCAGAGCAUCCGCGCUCUGCGCGACUUCCUGCGCAAGGAGUACGGGGGACUCAACGUGCUGGUCAACAACGCGGGCAUCGCCUUCAAGUCUGAUGAUCUAACGCCCUUUGACGUUCAAGCUGAGGUGACACUGAAAACAAACUUUUUUGGCACAAGAAAUGUCUGCACUGAAUUACUACCGAUAAUAAAACCUCAUGGCAGAGUGGUGAAUAUCAGUAGUUUACAGGGUUCAAAAGCUCUUGAAAACUGCAGCGAAGAUCUGCAGGAGAAGUUCCGAUGUGAGACUCUCACAGAGGAGGACCUGGUGGACCUCAUGAAAAAGUUUGUGGAAGAUACAAAAAAUGAAGUGCAUGAGAGGGAAGGCUGGCCCAACUCCGCUUACGGGGUGUCCAAGUUGGGGGUCACAGUCUUAUCAAGAAUCCUGGCCCGGCGUCUGGAUGAGAAGAGAAAGGCCGACAUGAUUCUGCUGAACGCAUGCUGCCCCGGGUGGGUGAAGACGGACAUAGGUGGGGCUCAUGGCUCCAGGACUGUGGAAGAGGGGGCCGAGACCCCUGUCUACCUGGCCCUGCUGCCUCCAGAUGCCACCGAGCCUCAUGGCCAGCUAGUCCGUGACAAAGUCGUCCAAAACUGGUGAAUGUCUGCUUUGGAGCUUAAGGCUUAAUAAACGUUUGUGGAAUGAAUGAAUGGACUUUGAUGUUGUAGUCUGAUUCUGUUUCUGUCCUUGAGGAAUUAUAAUCUCCCUGUGAGAAGGUGUCUGGUUCUGGA